CGUUCCUGCCGCUAUUACGACGCCCGUAUUAUUGUAAUUAUUCCUGGUCAUUUCGCACUGUGCUCAUCCUUGUCGGCUUCGUCACGUUCUGCAUCCGUUGAACGCUUCCUCAGCCUUGGCUAUUAGUAACUUAUUUCUGUUGUUAUUAUUAUUAGUAUUCAUUAGUAUUAUUAUUUUUAUUUUUUACUAUCUUCCCCUUGCCUACUGCUCAUUCCCUCGCUUGAUCGUGUGGUCGUUUCUCUUCUUCCUACCAGGCCAUAUUCGAGCAUCCCAGUCUGUGCUCAAUAUCGUUGACCUUGACUCGCUCCCUAUCGUUUCUGGUCUUAGGAAGCGGUUUUGUGGCUGGCCUCAGCAUUUGCGAUCGAGUCUGAUAUACGCGGCUGUCAGGAGGCCUGGAGGAACGAGAGGGGUAGCGACUUUUCGACCCCAUUGGAUCUCCGACCUCACCUCUGCUCGACUCGAUAGCUCUUGCGACAAUGGGCUCCGAAAAGCCCGCAGUGCUGGUCGUUGGCGGUUUAGGCUUCAUUGGCCGAUACCUCGCUCUAUAUAUCCAUGAGAACGACCUUGCUUCGGAACUGCGGAUUGUCGACAAGGUGCUGCCGCAGUUGGCAUGGCUAGCUCCCGAGUUCGAGGAUGCGUGCUCCAAGGAGCGAUUUGUUCAAGCAGACGCUGGUCGAGAACAGGCAUAUCCCCGCAUCUUUGACCGCGCCGAUGGCAAACAAUUCGACUUUGUCAUCAAUUGCGCCGGCGAUACAAGAUACUCACAGCCAGAAGAAGUUUAUCAAUUUCGAAACCAUGCCAUGUCAAUCGGAUUGUGUAAAGAAGUCGCGAAGCGAGGCAUUCCAGUCUAUGUUGAAGCAUCAACUGCAAUGGUGUACAAGGGUUCCGGGCCCAGCAAAGAGAGCGAUAAGACAGAUCCUUGGCACAAUCUUGCUAAAUGGAAGUUGAAAGUUGCCGAAGACAUCCGAAACAUUCCAAAUCUUCAUUGGGCUGCUCUGCGCUUCCCACAUGUUUAUGGUGAAUACGAUUCUCGCUACUUUGCCAUUGGAAUCUGUCUAGCGAGAACCCACAAGUUUCUUGAGCGGGAUUUGGAACUGCUUUACUCGAAAGAUUUGAAAGUCAACACCCUCUACGUCAAAGACGCUGCGCGUGCUCUUUGGACUGUGGCAGAGUGGCGACGUGCUCAAGGAAGCGACCCUGCUGCUUCUAAAGUGUUCAAUGUUGUCGACCACAACAACACCUCUCAAGCACACAUUGGUCAAGCACUCUCUGAAGUUUUCGGCCUUAAAGUUUCUUUCUUAGGGUCCUUGGUAUCUCAACUAGCUAAACUCAGUCUGGACGAUGUGGUAGAUGAUAUGAACGAGGAAACCUUACAAGCAUGGGCUGAUCUGGUGGAGGAGAAGAAAAUCGCCCGGCCAGGCCCCAUCAGCCCGUUUAUUGAUAGAGACAUGAUCAAAGACCAAAAUUUAUGCAUCGAUGGUACCCUCUUCGAGACAACUACGGGAUUCAAGCCAGAAAGGCCUGCAUUCAACGUCGAUGCCGUCCGAGACAUGGUUGCCAGCUAUGAACGGAUGGGUUGGUGGCCAUGAACGAUACAUCAAUAGAAGGGGUAGAAGGGGGGAGGAUAAGAAGAGUCCAAUCAAAUAAUGCUCCCGCGAUUACGCCUCAGUAUUCGCCCUCUUACCUCCAUACUAAUAAUCAUCAUUAUCAUAUAUCAGCCUCUUGAUUUCUAUUAUGAUACCUUGCAUCAGAACAAAUCAUCCUACACAUAUUUUUUAUAACUCUCUUCAUGAGCAUUUGAGCCGGAAAUUUUCUUUUUGGUUUCCUUUUAUUUGUUUUACCUUUUUUUCUUGGCAGUGUUGUACUACUAUAUAUCCACACAGUUUUGUGUCUUCCUAUUUGCAAAUAUUCAAGUCAAUAUAUCUUAAAUCCUCCUU